GCAGCCGCACUUCCUGUCCGGGGUGAAAGGUCGAGCCGCCGGUAGGCUGUUGAUAAAAAGUCAGUAGUGAGAAAACGGAAAACAGAAGGACAAAUGUCAAAAACAGAAGUGCAGACAUGAAUUAGUAUUAACCGGGACUUCUCCGCUUCAUAAAACAAACGGUUCAUUGUUGAGGAAUUUCCUGCCGGCUGCUGCCUAACGCCAGCUGAAGCGUGAUGCAGCCAGAGCAGAACAGGACAAGCUUUGCCCUGCAGAAUCGACAGGCAGAUUCAGCCCCCCGGGGCAUCCUGAGCACCGGCCUGCUGCGGGGUCUCACCCAGAGCAUCAGGCCUCCUUUCUUCUGCUUCCUGCUCCCCAGGGUCCAUGCAGCUGAUGUGGCUGCUGCCCAGCCUGCACAGAUGCUCUCCUCCUCCUCCACCAGCACUGCUCCUGUACCCGCUCCGUCUCCCAGCACCCUGCCAAGCAACAUUGGCAAGCCAGAAUUUCCAGACACAGGAUGGGAACGCAUCAAGGACCUCUUUGACAGAGAUGCAACACAGAAAUACCCAGAGGAGUUGAUCAAUGUGAUAAACAGCGGUGUUCUUGGUGCCCUUGCAGGCCUUUUCUAUGGCGGCCUGCCAGCAGCUCGUCACGCCAGGCAGAGGUAUAUCCAAGUCAGCCAGGCAGAAAUGUAUGCUAAUCGUGUGGAAGCAGUGCGCUCGGCACAUAACGCAGCUAUCCGGGGUUUUGUGAGGUAUGGAUGGAGGUGGAGCUGGAGAGUUGCUGUCAUCGUCACCUUGUUCAAUUCUGUCAGCACAGGGCUGUCUGUGUACCGAGACAAAGACGCCAUCAGCAACUGUGUUGGAGCUGGAGCUGUCACUGUAGGCCUGUACAGACUGAACCUGGGACUGAGAGGGCUGGUGGCAGGGACCAUCAUCGGAGCAGUCCUGGGGAUUCCUGUUGGUGCUUUGGUCGUCGGCUUGCAGUCUCUGACUGGAGAAACUGUCAGAGAAAGGAGGAGGAGAGAGCGCAGAGAACUCUAUGAACUCAAGCUCGCAGAAUGGACGGCCCGUCUGCAGCUGACAGAUGAGCUGAUUGAUAAUCUGAAUGUUAGCUCUCAGGCAGAGGAAACCAAUAAGGACAUGCAGAGGAUCCAGGAGCUGCUCAGUUUACCACAGAAUGAGGACGUGAGCAAGAACUGAAAUACCAGUUUAGAGAGGCUGCCAUGCUGCCUGAUAUCUGUUGGAUAUUGAAGGUGAGACUUCAUAGAGACAAUCAAUCAAUCCCGUCUUUCCUGAGACUCUACACAUCUUCUGAAUGGAAACUGAUUCACAUCAGGAUUUCAAGACACUGCUGAGAAUCACCAGCUGGAGUCACUUUAAGCAGCCGCUCAUGAAAUGUGAAAUGAGCUACAGGAGUGUGGCAUGUCUUCUACGUGUCAUUUCCUAUAAGGUGUGUUCCACAGAGUCCAUGUUGGCACUGCGAUAAUAAAGUUUAACUGUUAAAAUAAACAAA